CGUGAGGAGGCGGCGGGACAACAACGGGACACGUGGUGGGGCCCAGCGGUGGGACACGGGCUGCGGUGGGGCCUCCCGUAGGGCCCGGUGGCGGCGGGGGGGGACCGGACGGGGCCUCGCUGCUCCAUGUCGGUCCCGUCCUAAGGGAAAUAUGAUCAGCGCCCCCGAUGUGGUGGCGUUCACCCGGGAGGAGGAGCUGGAGGAUGAGCUGUACAGCGAGCCGCCGCUGCCCGAGGAGUACUCGGUGCCGCUGUUCCCCUUCGCCGGCCAGGGCGCCAACCCCUGGGCCAAGGUGGCCAACUCCAAGUUCAGCCGGGAUUUCAUCCUCAUCUCCGAGUUCUCGGAGCAAGUGGGGCCUCAGCCCCUCCUGACCAUCCCCGAGGAUGCCAAAGUGUCGGGGACUUUCGAUCUCAAUUACUUCUCCCUGCGGAUCAUGUCUGUGGAUUAUCAGGCCUCCUUCGUGGGGCAUCCUCCCGGCUCUGCGUACCCGAAGCUGAACUUCGUGGAGGAUUCCAAAGUGGUGCUUGGGGACUCGAAGGAGGGAGCCUUUGCCUACGUGCACCACUUGACUCUCUAUGACCUGGAAGCCAGGGGGUUCGUGAGGCCCUUCUGCAUGGCGUAUAUUUCUGCUGAUGAGCACAAAAUCAUGCAGCAGUUCCAGGAACUCUCUGCUGAGUUUUCCAAGGCCUCCGAAUGCUUAAAGACAGGGAACCGGAAAGCUUUCGCUGAUGAACUGGAAAAGAAGCUGAGAGAUCUCGACUACACCAGGACCGUCCUGCACAACGAAACCGAGGUGCAGAAGAAAGCCAACGACAAAGGGUAUUACACCACCCAAGCCAUUGAGAAAGCCAACGAGCUGGCCAGUGUGGAGAAGUCCAUCAUCGAGCACCAGGACCUGCUGAAACAAAUCAGGUCGUAUCCCUACAGGAAGCUGAAGGAAUCUGACUUCCACCCUUACGAGCCGGAGUGUGCGCUGCUGGAUCAGGCCAACGCGGGCUGCGAUCGGGACCCCACUACCUCCGACCCUGCUGAAACUCCCCUUUACACACAUGUGCCGUCCUAUACCCCCAAGCUUAUCAAAGCCAAGUCUGCCAAAUGCUUUGACAAGAAGCUGAAGACGCUGGAGGAGCUCUGUGAUGUGUAUUUUUUCACCCAAACCCUGGAGCAGUUGCACCAGAUUGAGAGGACUUUCAGAGGGGAUGUGUGCUACCUCCUGACAGAGCAGAUCAGCAGGGCCCUGCUAAAGCAACAGACCAUAACUAACUUCCUCUUUGAGGAUACGUCUUGUCUGGAUGAAAAACCACCUGGAAAACAAUACAGAGGCUGCCAGGGGCACAGUCACGAUGCUAGAGAUGGAAAGUGUGCGGAAGAGUUCCCUGCUCCUACAGUGGUCAUCAGCUUGGGAGCCUACAAGUCCAGCGUGGAGUGCGUGCCCAUUAAGAUGGAGCAGGAAACUGAGGACUCCCAGGAGCCCCAGAUGAGCGAGUCUGUGACGUUUGAGCACCAGGAGAACCUGGAUUACCUGGAUGCAGACCUCAAAGGCAGCAUCAGCAGCGGUGAGAGCAUCGAGGUGCUGGGAACGGAGAAGUCUGCCUCUGGCUUGCCCAAGUCGGAGAGUCAGGCCAGCCUGCCCGUCAGCCCCAGCCCUCAGGUGGCCAGGAGCAAGGUGGGCAGCAGGAGGACCGUCAGCGAGGACAGCAUCGAGGUCCUCAGCAUGUGUCCUUCCGAGUCGCUCAUCCCGGAGGAUUUCAAAGCGAGUUACCCAAGUGCCAUUAACGAGGAGCCCUAUGUGGGGGAUGAAGAGGGAGGCCUCCGCUUCACCCCCAGGCUGAACCUGGAUGACGCUGACGAGCAGGAAGAUGUUUCACAGCAGGAGAACUUGGUGCAGGUGGAUUCUGCUUGUUGUAUCGGGAAGGAGAGCCCCAACUUCCUGGAGCCUCUGCCUGACCUGGGCCACAAGCCCUGCGAUGAGGAUGGAGUGGUCCGGAUCCCGCCGCAGCCGUACCGGGCAUCCGAGCCGGGGCUGCAUGGGAGCUUCCCCUCCCACGAUUGCAUCUCAGGGGGGCUCCUGCCCUACGAGCUUGACUCUCGCUACAUGGCAGGCAGCAGGGAGGUCAGUAAGAGCAGCCUGGAUGAGUGCUCGGACUCCACGAGCUAUAUGAGCAGCGCUGCCUCCACGUGCUCCGACAGGACCCCCUCUCCAGCUCACCCUGCCUGCCAGGGGGCUGACAGGCACAAGAAGAAGGCUGGGCAGAACGCACUGAGGUUCAUCAGGCAAUACCCCUUUGCCCACCCUGCCAUCUACUCCCUGCUCAGCGGCAGGACCCUCAUCGUGCUGGGGGAGGAGGAAGCCAUAGUCAAGAAGCUCGUGACGGCGCUCUCCAUCUUCGUGCCCACCUGCGGCCUUUAUGCCAAGCCUGUGAAGCACUGGGUCACCUCCCCUCUGCACGUCGUGGAUUUCCAGAAGUGGAAGCUGAUCGGGCUCCAGAGGACGGUGUCUCCUGCCGGGGUGAACGUGCUGCACGCCCUGAGCCGCUACAGCCGCUACAUCAGCAUCCUGGAUGCUGACAGCAAGACUCUGCGCUGCCCUCUGUACAAAGGCUCCGUGGUGUCCCGGCUGGCGGAUCACCGCACGCAGAUCAAGCGAGGAAGCACCUACUACAUGCACGUCCAAAGCAUCCUCACCCAGCUGUGCUCAAAAGCCUUCCUCUUCACCUUCUGCCACCAUUUGCACCUUCCCAUCAGCGAAAGGGAACCCGAAGAAUCCAUCGUGAGUCGCAGGAUGAACUUUCUGAAGCUUCAACUGGGCCUGGUCAAUGAAGACAUCAAGAUCGUGCAGUACCUGGCAGAGCUGCUGAAGCUGCAGUACCUUCAGGAGCCCGGGCAGGGGCUGAGCCCUCUGCUCCGCUUUGACUACGUGCCCAGCUUUUUGUACAAGAUCUAGCCUCCUGGGGGCUGUCUGCACUGGGGUCUGACAGAGCUCAUCCCUGCUUCACAUCGCUGUCUGCGGUAGCUCUCAUCCAUCAGGAAGGGGUGAAGAAGCUGACGUGUUUGUGAGCGUCUCUGCUCCACAGAAAUCCAUGUCUCAGGGACUGGAUUUCUGUUCCCUAUAGCCAAGAACGUAGAUGUUCCAUCACCUAAACCACCGGGCACUCUGUAAAUGUUAGAAGGGGCACUGUUAACUUUUCAUGGCAGCAUCCCAGGGGGAAUAGGGCAUGGAGAGAGGUGGGCUGUGUCGGGGAUCAAUACUAGUGCACAGCCCUCAAAACACCAGUGCUCUGUAUGCUUCUGCCAGAUCCCUAAAUGCUCUUGGUCCCUUCCAUGGAGCCAGGAUGGAGACGUGAAGGUUUUAAUCCACUAGUGUCUCAUGUGAGCAUAGCUCAGAAGCUCCCUGGCAAGGUGGCAGCUUGCAGUUACCCAUCCUUGCUGUGUUUAUCCAAGUUCCCUGGUGCUUCCUGGGACAGGUUGUCCCUGGGUGGGUGGGAGCACAGUGGAUGCACAUGUGCUUCCCUUCAGAAAGUGUUUUGCAGUUUCUCUCAGCCUUGUUAAGAUCCAGAACGUGGAAGGCUUCACCUGCUGCCAUGAAUGUAGAGCACUGUGCCUUGUAA